GACCUUGAUAUUUACAGUCGCCCAAAAGCAGCCUUGGCCGUACUUCUACGACAAUGCACGCCUCAUAACUUUUCCGUAUCAUGAGCGAAUCUAGCUCAGGCUUGCACUCAAAAUGAAGAAGACUUUGCUCUUGGUCUUCAUCCACGGUUUCAAGGGCGGCGACGACACCUUCGCGAAUUUUCCGUCCCAUCUACGCGCCAUCUUGAGCCACGCGCUGCCCGGCAUCCAGGUCGUACAAGUGCAGUACCCCAAGUUCGAGACGAAGGGAGACUUGAGGGAGUGUGUGGCGCGCUUCAAAGAAUGGUAGGCACAGCGAGCGUUUUUGUCGCCGGCAAGGCAGAGGAUUUUGUGCUCAACGACUGUCAAGGCUCCAGAACAAAGUGAUCGACCUCGAGGUCGAGAAUGGCACGCCGUCGCCCACCAUCGACCCUUCCGUGCGCACCGUCCUCGUCGGACACUCCAUGGGCGGCAUCGUAGCGGCGGAGACGGUGUUGUCGAUUAAGCAGGACCAGCCAAUCUCGAGCUCGGGACUGCUUGACAACUCGCCCAACAAGUUCAUGUUCCCGUACGUGCAGGGCAUCGUGGCCUUCGACACGCCGUACCUGGGCAUCGCUCCUGGCGUGGUGGCGCACGGCGCAGAGGGCCAUUGGAAGGCGGCCACGACGGCGUACAACACGUACAACAGCGUUGCAAGCGCGUUUGGGUGGGGCGGGCAGGCGGCGGGCGAAACGCAGGCGGCCGCCAACAGCAGCAAGAUGUUUCAGUCCGCCGGUGCGCUGCCUGCGAAUGCGGACGCGGCGGCCGUACCAGCGUGGCAGAAGUACGGCCGUUACGCAAUGUUCGCCGGCGCAGCAGGUGCCUUGGUGGCCGGCAGCGCGGCGGCGUACAUGAAGCGCGACGCCAUCACAGGCGGCAUCUCCGAAGGCUGGGGCUGGGCGUCUUCGCAUCUCGAGUUUGUCGGCUGCCUGGCUCGCGGCGAAGAGCUCACCAAACGGUUGAAGAGCAUCAUCGCGCUUGAGGAAGAGCAGGGCUUCGGCUUUGCCAACCUGUACACAACCCUCGGACGCGCUGUCGAGGGCAAGUCUCAGUGGGCGAGCUCCGUGGUGGGAUCUGAGCGCACGUUCUGCACGAUCCCAAAGAGCGACGCAAAGAAAUAUUUCUUCCCUCAGGUCAAUGACAAGGCCACCGCGGAGACUUGGGCUCAUAUGAACAUGUUCACGCCAAGGGACAACCCAGGCUACUACAGCAUGAGUGAACAGGCGAAGGAGUUGAUUGUCCGCUGGGCUUGCAAUAGCCCGUGGUACGAACAAGUCGACCACAACAGUGCCGCAGCUGCAGUCUUUGAUGAGGAACCUGAGAUUGUAGAGAAACCCGCUGACGAAGAAUUUGACCCGAACGAGUUUGAGCAGGCGAGAAGACAUCCCGGCCAAGGCAACGGGCUGUCGAUGGACGAGAAUCCUUGGGCAUGACGAUUUUCAACGCUACUCGCAGCUGCGGUUGUCUGGCGUAGCGAUUUUCCAACAGGCUUUGCUUUAUACCUUGUUAUGACACGUUGAUGAUAAACCUAAAUCGCAAAAUGUUUCUAAGCUACGCUCGAGUCCAUCCUGCGACUGUAUGAGCCGCGUGGUUUUAUGCAUGACAUUCGCCAUCAAAAACAAGGCCUUCAUAUUCUUAUCCAGCCACUCUGCGGAAGUUCUCUGAGCCCAUUGUUCGCCCCCGACUUAUAUUUCACCACGCUCUCUGUUUCGAAACUCUCGGAGGCAUCUUUGAAUUUGACUACAUGCCCCUCCACCGCUGAAUCAGCUCGAGAUACUAGGGACUUGCUGUCGUGAUAACUACGACAUUCUUUGAGCCCACAUAGCCAACCUCGCGAGCUUUGCCAAACAUCCUCCCCGUUGACCACAAUCGAUUGCUGGACCAUGUACGGAUUUUCCCAGAGAUUGUUGCGAAAGUAUCGAACUUCAAACGGAAGCGAUUCCGUACUCGGAUGUCGCAGGAUUAUGCCCAUAUCCCGUUCUGCUCCUUGGACUUCUUCCUCAUUUCCUGGUACAACGCUAGACUCUCUUGCGCGGAGCCCGAAGAGCUUCAGAUACGCGAGUCGACAAGGAAUGAGCGCUCUGAGCACGGUUCUGGUGAAGUAGUCGUCGUCGAGCGCUAGGCCGUCCAGGCACACGUGUCGAAGCGUGGACUCAUAUUUCCUGAUAACGGCGGCUAGGAUCUCAUGACUUACCCGAACCUCAGCUAUGAUCAAAUUUUUCAAAGCUGGGCCAGGCGUGCUCGUUUUAACCAUCUCCGCUAUCACGGAGCGUACCUCAUACGAAUUGGCCGCCUCAUGCUCGUCGCGAACACCCUCAUACAUCCACAGUGUUUCCAGGCUAGGGAAGCGACAGAUUGCCUCUCCGAGGCCGAGAUGAUCGAUCCCCAGCGAGCCCGUCUUAAUGUUACUGUGCCACAAAGGCCGCGGGCAUACGCAGACCGAAGUGAUCCACGGGGAAAACACCGGGUGGACUGACAGAUCCUUCAGCGCCCGAUCCCAGCUUCUUCGACGCAUGGGGUGAAUGGUCGUUCCGAACCCUCUCACAAGGCAGUAAUACGUGACCGUGUAGUCCGUGAUGUCCUUGACAUAUUCGCGACGGGCGACACACGGUACGCAGAAGCAAUACAGAUCGCGACCGUUCUUUGGACUGUCGGCAGUGCAUCUGAGCUUACGCCAAAGAGACUGGUCCUGCUCGUCUGAGACCUGGAUGUGUCGUUUGGGGACUCGACGCAACGCGGGGGCCGCGUCCCAUUUCUUGUAGCUCGAAAUCAGCUGUAAAGAAAACGGGGCAGCGUUCCACUGAUGCACUUGACGCAGCCGAUCCAGGGUCAGUUCCGGCAGGUGCCUGGGAUGCGCAAGCCGAAGGCUGUAUAGGUCGCUUCGUGAAAGAUACGACGCUAUGUGUUCAGUAACUUCUGUAGGAAGGUUCAGGAUCGUGAUUCCCAUGGCGGGGUCUCCUCUUUAGACUGAAAUCUAGUAGAUUCAAUUUCUGUGAUACUUUUCAGCGGUAGGCUAUUGGGGCAGGCUCGCAACUGGGCUUUAUUGGUCCCUCGCUGUUGAGAAGGAUCAGGCUUCUAAGGGGCAAGUUGAGACCAGCUGCGCC